AUGGAGAAAAUCAAGUGCUUUGUGGGAGGCACUACAGAUGGCAGGAAACUUCAAAUUGCAAAUAAUUGUGGUAUGUCACUCUCAAAAUUUCCAGAUAAAUACUUGGGUGUCAAUUUAAUACCUGGAAGGAUUAUAUCAUCACAUGUAUGGGGGUCUGUGGAUCUAUUACAAAGAAAAAUGCCUGGUUGGAUGGAAGGAGGUCUGGGAUUGAGAAGCUUAGAAGACAUAAAUAAAUCUCUACUUAUGAAGUUAGCAUGGAAGAUGCAGAAUGAUAAUGAUGAAUGGGCUAAAUUCUUUCAAGCCAAAUUUCAAGAUAAAAAUGGUAUAUGGAUUAAUUAUUAUAAGAAUUCAGUAUGGAUUGGGAUUAAAUGGGUUCUGGAUGAAGUCUUUAAUAACUCACGGUGUGAUGGGAAAAGCAUCUCAGUAUGGAAUGAUAUAUGGAUUACAAGUAAGCUUCUGAAAACCUUAUACCCUGAUAAUUCAUAUAUAUUUCAGAAUCCUGACCUGAAAGUGAUACAUCUAUUGAGAAAUGGUGAAUGGAUAAUACCUGCUGAAAUGUCAAAUAUGAUACAAGACAAUGCACUACCAGUGGUGGAUGGAGAAAAAGAUAGGAAGAUAUGGAUUUGGAACAAAACUGGAGAAUUCACAGUUACAACAGCAGUGGAGUGUAUAAGAAAGAAAUAUCCUAAGCUACAAUGGACUAAAAGCAUUUGGAAGAUUACUAUUAAUCCUAGUAUAUCAAGUAAUGUCUGGAAGUGGCUAGGUGGUUUGUUUGCAUUCUUCAAUCCUAUAUUCCUUGAGGAAGUUCUCAGCAUGGCAAAGUCAAAAAGUCCAGCUGUAAGAGAAAUUUGGAGAACUGCAACACUCAUAACUAUAAAGGAAAUAUGCUUUCAUAGAAACAGAGUGGUGUACGAUGGUGAACAACCUAAUGCAGAAAUUUUAAAGAGAAAUAUAGUUCAGUUCACUAAGGAAUGUGAAGUCAAAAUGAAAGGGAAUAUGUGGAGUACAGUUGCAGACUUACAAAUCCUUAAAACCUUUGACAUGAAAUGCAGAAAAGUGAAGCAUAUCAAAAUUCAGACAAUCUCCUUCUCUAUACCCAUUAGUCCUAAAAUACUAUUAUGUUGUGAUGGUGCUGCAAGAAACAAUCCUAGUGAAGCAGAAUAUGGACUCAUAGGCAGAGAUAGCUCAGGAGGGUUCUUAAUUGCAGUUGCAGGUGGUAUGGGUAUUGCAACCAAUUAUAUGGCUGAGAUUUUUGCUGUUAUAAAUGCAUGUGAAUGGGAAAUAAGUGUGGGAUUCUUACAGUUAUGCAUAAGAUCUGAUUCAUCAUCAGCUAUCAACUCUUUCUCUACUAGAAGAAUACCUUGGUAUGUGCAACACAGAUGGAAUAAAAUUGUUGUUACACUUAUCAGUUUGGAAUUCAUACACAAUUACAGAGAAGUGAACUUCUCUGCAAAUGGCCUAGCAAAGAUGGGUGUCUCCUUGCUCAGAGGUGAGAAGAGAAUUUUCUUGAAUAAGCCAUCUUUUUUGUCUAGUAUAGAACAUCCAGAUAAAGUUUAUUAUAGAUUUGGGCAAGAUUUGAAAGAGUUGAGUGAUUGUAAUAAUUAUUUUUGA